AUGGACAGCAAGCUAGCUACUGGUUUGACAAUUGGCUUCCUCAUGGUCCUCUCAUUGACUUCAUCGGUACGACUGGCCCUUCCAGGCUUGGUAUUCCUAUCACAGCUACAGUCAGAGAUGGAACUCGUCAGGGAGUUUGGCUCCUCCCAUCUUCUCGCUGUCGUACGCCCUCUCGCUUGCCUGAGAACUACUUUGCUGGAGAUCCUACCGCCUACUAACGCAGACAAUGCUGAUGCUUACUGCUGGGGGCCGCUUGGUAACAGAGCCCAAGUGUUUUCUAUCAAAAAAACGUGGGAGCUUAUAAGACAAACUGCUCCUCCGAUUUAUUGGGAGAAGUCUGUUUGGUUCAAACAUGCAGUUCCUAAGCAUGCCUUCAACUUCUGGGAAUCUCGUGACCAUGUGUUCCUGCAAUGUAGCGUUGUUGAUCAGCUAUGGGCAGCCAUUCUCCCUCGUCUUGGACAACAGAACCUCACUCUUCAUAACUGGGAUUCUCUUAUCGCUUGGAUGCUCACUGACACGCCAGGCCUCUCAGAAACGCUAAAGAAGCUUCUUGUUCAGGCGGUGGUUUUCUUCCUGUGGGGAGAAAGGAACAACAGACUCCAUAAUGGUUCUCCUGCAUCCACAUCCGUCUUGUUCAGUAAGAUCAACAAGACUUUGAGAGACACCCUCCUUGCUCGCUUACCCCAUAAGCGUUGUCAAGGACUCUUAUCUCAGUGGUUUAGGUUCGCCUAG